AUGGUCAACAUGGCCGACCUGUCUUCCGAUGAAGGCAGACAGGUGCACAAGGACAUCGGCUCAGGUGAAAAACGUAAGACUGGCGAGGUAUUCACAGUUGACUUUGGCGAUAUGAAAUCAAAAGAAGGAAAGAAGAACUUGCAAGAAUCAUUUAUCAAAUUUAAGAAGCAGCGGCAGAAAGAACUGCGUGAUGAAAAACGUUUGAGAGAGAGAUGCCUUCGAAAACAGGGAGAUGUGGAGCACAUGAACAAACUAAGAAAGAAGUUUGUAAAACGGGCAAAGAAAUACUUUGGAAUUCCUUAUGCUCGAAAGUACUGGAAGCCAGAUCAACCUGAGUACAAGAGUCAUCUAUUUCUGGAUUGCUGUGGUCUUGUACGACAAGUAAUGCGAGAUCUACGUAAGGACUUCGGGUUCCGCCUUGGGCCAUGGAACCAGGCAUAUAUGUUUGAUUUACUUCCAAUUGUAGUGGAGCGAGAGGAAGACAUGAAACCUGGUGACCUUGUGUUUAUAUCGGGAACAUAUCCACGCCCUAAUGCUCGCCAACAGAAGCACUUGAUGACGCAUGUAGAAAUCUGGGCAGGAGAUGGAAACAAAACAAUCGGGGCCCGUUGGAACAAUGGCAAGGUCCAGGUCUGGGAUGACUACAGAUUUGAAGCCAAAAGUUUUGUAGAUGCCAAGUAUCACUUUCGAUCGUUGGACACCUGGCUACAAGGAAUUUGUCGCAGCUUCUGUUCUGAACACAAAUGGAGGCGCACAUUCACUCCCAGCAAAAAAUCCAUAUUUUCAUUAGAUGAGGAUAAAAAUAAGGAAAAGGAUAAAAAGCCAGACAGAAUCACAAAGACAAAACAAGAUUCAUUUGUACCAAUGACAGCCAGUCCCCAGAGUAAGGAUGAGGAUUUAGAAGAACAACUGCUUGAGGAGGAAAUGGAAGAUGAUGAGGAGGUGGAGCCUGCCUGUGACAGCGAGGAGGAGGAUUUGGAUAGCUCACCGUUAGAUCCUAAUUUUCUCAUGUUGCCACACAAUGUCUCCGGCAAAGUGAAAUACAAUGGCUCAAGUAAAUGGUUUCCACAGCGACUAUCACACCCAUCUGACAACAAUACCCCACUGAAUGGCAGUGAUGAGGAAAGUGAGGAUGAAGAACUCAGCAUAGACAGUAAAAUGGCCAGUUUAAGCGUCAAUGACAUGACAAUGACCAAGCUUGGCAGACUCAAUCGUAGUCAAACAGACCUUGUAUCAGGUAGAAGUAUAGCUGAGUCACAGCGACUCCAGUCACACAGUGUGCAGGAGUUUCCUACUCGUUUUCCUGUUAUUGUCAAUGAUGUGAACAAAGCAAAGCCUAGUUAUAGGAAUGGUUAUGAACGAAUUAAACAUCUCUCAGACAGAUGUCUAGCCUCACCUAGAAACUCUGUUCCUACCAAACAAGAAACUUCGUUUAAGACUAAGAAAAAGUCAAUGGAGGAGAAACGAAGAAUAUUCAGUGGCUUGGAACAGUCCAGAUCUGUACUUUUGAUUGACAAUGAUUCAGAUGAGGACAUUUCUGACUUCAGCAAGGACACAUACAAAUCUAUAUCUGAUGAUAGCAUUAAUAUAGCAGGAGAAAAAGAUAGGAAAUUGCCAUCAGAUGAAAAAGGAAAUGUUUUUUCAGAUGAUCACUUCAAACUGCCAUUAGGGGAACUUACCAAGCCACAGGAAUUUCUCACAUCAUGCUGCGAUGAUUAUGUCAAACUGCCGUUAGAUGAAGUAAUUGUUGGGCCAGUAACGUCACCUGAUGACUUUGUACUAAUAACAAAAAAUGACUUUGAUGAAACUGACAUAAAAGAGACAUUCAAUGAAGACGAUAAGAUGGAGGAAGAUGACAUGUGUCAAGAUGUUUGUUACAGACAUGUGGUAGAUGACAGCAAUGAGAGUAGUGAGAAUGAAGGAGGUUUGGUUAAUAGUGUACAAACAGAACAAUUUGUACAGCGCCAGGAUGAAGAAUUCAUUGAAGAUGAAGAGAAAUCAUCGCAAGGUGACCAUGUUGUCACCAAUUGA